CCAGAGCUGCAGAGUACGUGUCUGGAGCGGCCUGGCCAGUGUCUCCUGCAGCUCAGCAGCUGCCUUCACCAUGGACAGCAUAAGCACAGCCAUCUUACUCCUGCUCCUGGCUCUCGUCUGUCUGCUCCUGACCCUAAGCUCAAGAGAUAAGCGAAAGCUGCCUCCAGGACCUAGACCCCUCCCACUCCUGGGAAACCUGCUGCUGCUUCGCUCCCAAAACAUGCUGACUUCUCUCACUCAGCUGAGCAAGGAGUAUGGCUCUGUGUACACAGUGCACCUGGGGCCCAGGCGGGUGGUGGUCCUCAGCGGGUACCAAGCCGUGAAGGAGGCCCUGGUGGACCAGGGAGAGGAGUUUAGUGGCCGCGGUGACUACCCUGUCUUUCUCAACUUUACCAAGGGCAAUGGCAUCGUCUUCUCCAAUGGGGAUCGAUGGAAGGUCCUGAGACGGUUCUCUAUCCAGAUUCUACGGAAUUUCGGGAUGGGGAAGAGAAGCAUCGAGGAGCGGAUCCUAGAGGAGGGCAGCUUCCUGCUGGCAGAGCUGCGGAAAACUGAAGGCGAGCCCUUUGACCCCACGUUUGUGCUGAGUCGCUCAGUGUCCAACAUUAUCUGUUCCGUGCUCUUCGGCAGCCGCUUCGACUACGAUGAUGAGCGUCUGCUCACCAUUAUCCGCCUCAUCAAUGACAACUUCCAAAUCAUGAGCAGCCCCUGGGGCGAGAUGUACAUUUGCCCAUCCCUCAUGGACUGGCUCUCAGGCCGGCACCGCCGAAUCUUCCGAAACUUUUCGGAGCUGUGGGUCUUCAUCUCUGAGCAAAUCCAACAACACUGGCAGAUGCGGCAGCCGGCGGAGCCCCGUGAUUUCAUCGAUUGCUUGACCAGAUGGCAACAGCAAGACCCGGAGAGCCAUUUCCAGGAGGAGACAUCGGUAAUGAUGACGCACCUUUUUUUUGGCGACACUGAAACCACGAGCACCACCCUGUGCUACGGGUUCCUCAUUCUGCUUAAGUACACAGAGGUGGCAGCCAAGGUGCAGGAGCUGGACCCUGUGGUAGGGUGGAGGCGCGCCCCAAGCCCCGACGACCCCGAGCGACUCCCCUACACCAAUGCAGUGCUGCUCCAGAUCCAGCGCUUCAUCAGCGUGGUGCCCCUGGGGCUGCUGUGCACCCUCCCCCUUGACAUCCACCUGCACGGCCACUGUCUAGCCAAAGGUGCCCACUGA